UUUUUUUUUUUCUUGUUGUCGAUUUAUUUGCAAAUAACCGGAAAAUCUUGUUCACUUUUUCCUGGGGUGGGCUUUUGUCAGACCACAAUUAUGAGACCGGAUUUCGACAGCUCUCGCGAUUCCCCAGGUGGAAUUUUUUUCCGAUUUCGAUUUCAGCAAAAAUUGACGAAGUUAUCGCCGAAAAACUGGAUUAGAGAGACCAUUUUGUUCACUUUUUCCCUCCGACAUUCAACCAUAGAGCUUCAAAAAGACCACGGCAAUCGAUUCCUCUCGAAAUUCCCCAGAUGGAAUUUUUUUCCGAUUUUCCGAAAAAAAUCUGGUUCGCGAGAUAUUCGGCAUUUUGUUUUGCCGAUGGGCGGCGAUUUGUUCCUGCCACGCACGCACACACGCACGCACACAUAGCGCUUGUGCGAGGGUGUGCCCUCGCCCAUACGCCCUACUGCGGCACUCAGCACCCGCAGCAGUCAUGGACACGAAGAAGAAACGUGGCAGACCACCAAAGCGAGGCAGGUUCAAAGGCAAAUUUCAGAGCCAUGAACCAGCUGUCGCUGCUCCCGAGCCAUUGGACGACAGCACAUCUUCUCCGAUGGAAGUCGUUGACGAACCACACGACGACCACGACGAAGCCUGGUGCGACGAAGACGCCGGUGCCGCCUCGGGUGGAAGUCAGGCCACACUGUCUUUCGGGUCCGCUGCUGCUCUCGGUGAGUCUCCAGCAGCUUGCGCCGCACUGUCUUGGGUUCGCGAGGUUGCGCCGCCUCGGCGUGCGGAGGGACCUUGUCGGCAGACUCUCAGCCGUCGCAGACAGGUUGCGCUAGGGGCUGCGAAACGUCAGAUGGCGAGCUAUAUGGCCGGCUGGCUGACGCGUGGAGCGGAGCAGCAGUCACAGCAGUCAUUACCUCAAAGUUCGGAGACGCAACGUGCGGCGGAACCACUGCUUGAAGAGGACGACAGCAGUGCGGUGCCUGCUGCUGCGUGCACCGCUGAGCCAGGCAGCGACGGCGGCCGCGAUAGCAACAGCGAUAGCUGCAGCGAAACCGACAUGCUUGUUGAAGAUGGUGUGGAUCUACCAUUGCAGGAGUGGGUCGGUGAGGGCGAGCAAGCAGAAGCGCAAGGAGCUGUGGAGGAACACUGCGACGAUGGGUACUUUUCGUGCGGAGGGUUUCUCGACGGACACGACUACCCGUCUGACCGGAGCGAUGGUUCGCUCGACAGCGACCGAGACAGCGACCAAGACAGCGACGCCGGGCGCGACGGCGACGUUGAGCCCCGGGGUAGCAGUGCAGCAGCAGCGAUGGGGAACAGGCGGGAACAGGGCGAUUGCGGGUUCGGUGGCGAUGUUGAACUUGGAGGAGCAAGCGGAGCACCAGCUAUCGGCGGCUGCAGUGCAGCCGCCAAAACCGCCGCCGCCGCCACAACCCGACAACCGGCCACCGCUGUUCGACGGAGCUCGAGGGAAACGUCCAGGAAGGAGUAUUUUCCCCCAAGACGCGCCAGCGCUGACCGCGUCGGGGGAAGUGGGUCCGGGCGGGGAGUGCGCAAGCUGCUGCGGGAUGAGGUCCAGAACCCGCUGUUGAGGUUGAAACGCGAGACUGCCAAAGCUAAGCGUGUACACCGAAAGGCGAGAGUCCGGCUAGUAGGACAGUUGUGGACGAAGCAGCAGCUUGCACGCCAAGCGAGGAGGACACGCAAGCAUUGCUCGGAGCGCAAGGAGGAGCUUGUCAGGAUAUUCCGCCAGGCGCUGGACAAAAUAGACCAGGCCGGCAACGACUACACGAGCCUGGUGGAGAAACCGGACACGAUGCUGGCGCGAGUUCGUGCUGUUCGUGUCUGUCGGGUGAUCGGGGCCGUCCGGACGUACCUUACCAUGGAGAUAAACGAGGGGGUGAAGAAGCUAGCGCACAGCCGCGCCGUCGGGGAGGCCGUGGGUGUCCACGCCCGGACCGUCCGGAAGUGGGUGACGGAUUUCUGCAAGGACGGCAAGUUCGUUGUUCCCCAUCGAGAGUACGUGAAGCGGCAGCCCUUCUGCUAUAUCGACGACGAGGAUAUCAGAGAACAGUGCCGGGAAUACGUCGACGAGCGGAUUUACCGUCGGAAGAAGGGGCAACCUCGCUUUCGGGUCGCCGACUUUCAAAGGUGGGUAAACACCGUGUGCCUUAAGGAGGAGUUCGCCGGCGGUGGGGGCAUUUGCCGCAGCACAGCGCACGUCUGGAUCGCCCAGCUCGGAUUCAGGUGGCGGCGACACGGCAAGUGCGUGUACGUCGACGGCCACAACCGACCGGACGUUGUACAAGCAAGGAGGUUGUACACGGAGAAGAUGUUCGUCAUGCGUCGCUUGAUGUCCAUCCCGGAAAAAGUCGAAACCGUGGUGAUGGUGAAGGUCCGCGACGCGCGUGAUCGGGAGAAGACGUCAACGGACGACAGACGAGACGACAACAUCACCGCUGCGGUCGCUUGUGCGGAGCCGGUGCUCUGGCCGGCAGUACGAACGAUGCCCGACGGCGGGGUGGACUUCAAGCACGUUCUCGUCUACGGCGACAAGUUCACGGAGGCAACGGGCCACGACCGCUGCUGCACCCGUGUCUCUGUCGACGCGGGCGACCUGGAGAUGACCGGUCGGGGGGGGCACUACACCCUGGUGCCUGAUCGUGAAGUGCAGGAGUGCUACAAGGCGGAGAGGGUCAAGGAAGAGGCGCUCUUCUGGCCGGCGAAGCGUGUGGUGGCUGGCAAGGAGGAGUACAAGCACGUUCGCGUCCGCGACGGAGAGCAAUUGCGCGGGAGGAACUGCAAGCGUGUGGGAGAGUUCAACUGGAUCUCUGCCGACUGCGACUGCCACGACUGCAAGCGAACCCCAUUCGUCGACUCCUCGCGGGUGCCGUUCAACCGGCGCGACUUGUCCGCAAGUGACGGGCAAGGAGACUUCUGCCUACUCCCUGAUCACGAGGUGUUGGCCCUUUACUUCCACGACGAAACGACGGCGAAGGAGAACGACGAUGGCGGCUGCCAGUGGAUGGAUGGUCAAAAAGGAGCCGCCAUCAAGAAGAAGGGGGAAGGGCGGGCCGUGCACGUGUCUGACAUCAUCGGCGUGGACAGAGGCGUUGCGGUGAUCGGGAAGGAGGCCUGGGGCAUGAUGCAGGAAGACAAGAGCGUCGGGUACGCUCCGGCGGUUGAAGUCAUCGCGCAAGGGCCCGCUACCGGGGACGGGGACGUGCCUGAGUGUUUCGUAGUCCGUCAACGCUACGAGCGAUCUGGGAUCUACUUCGGCAGGAAGGAGGGCGACGGGGAGGAUGGCCACGCCGUCAAGUUCGUACAGGAUGCGGUGGAGUUGUUGAAAGCGAUGCCAGCUGACUGCGGAGUGACCAAAACCAAGAACGACCCGCGCACCGGGGCGGUUAUCAUGACCGUGGGGCAAAACUCGGACGGGUACUGGACCAACGACAGAAUGUGCAAGCAGAUUCCGGGGUUGAUCGCCAUCCACGAGCUGACGAGUGAGCCCCACCGCCCAAUGGUGAUGGUCUUCGACAACUCCACGGGGCACGCCGCGUACGAGGAAGGCGCACUGGUGGCUAGCCACAUCCAAAAGAAGCCGGGCGGGGGGCAGGUCAUUCUUGACGAUUUCCUCGACGAUCAGGGGAACCUUGUUCACGCCACAUUUCGCGAGGGCGAUACGGUUCUUUUGGACACGCACGUCUACGCCGCAUAGACGCCCGAGCAGCUGGAGGAGGAAGAGAGGGAGGCGGCGAAAAAUGAUCCAAAAUACAAGAGGCCCAAGUUCGGCAGC